UUUUUUUUUUUGGUUUGGGCAUGAGCAACAAGUCAUCUCCAAGACGUAGAUCAGUGGCCAAUAAACGAUAUGAUGAAGAUUAUGAAUAUUAUGUUCCAGCAGUUAGGAGUUACAGCAAAGGCACUAAAAGUGAAUCUACAGCUGAUGAAUCUGAAAAUACGGACUCUCAAGAAGUAAAAAAGAAAAGAGGAAGACCCCCAGGUUCAAAGAACAAGUCUACUCCAGAAGCAGAAGUAAAGCGAGGGCCAGGUCGUCCUAGAAGAUAUACAGCACCUCCAUCUCAAGAAGAAGAAGAAGAAGAAGAAGAAGAAGUGGAAGAGGAAUCAAGUGAAAUCAAACCCAUUGAAGUGAACAUUUUGAGUAUUCAGCCAGAAGAAAUGGCAGAAGUUGAAGAAAUAAUAACAGAUCCACCUAAAAAGGAGAAAGUAAACUUGGGUCAAGUUUUAGAGCUGGCUGUACAGUCAAUGAGUGUUACAAUGGAAACAGAAGAAGAAGAAGAAUUGACAGAGCAGCAUACUAAUAAAUCUGUCAAUACUCAAAUAACACAAGAAGUUCUGGAAGUAACACACCAGAAAAUGACAUUUGAAUCUACUAAAGAUCAUGACAGUGAUUUUGAGUGGAAACUAGAAAAUGAAGAAGACCCAGUUAUCCACUCACCUCCUGCCAAGAAGAAGAAAAUGACCGCUAGUAGUAGUUUUAUCGUCCCAACGAACGCAGAUGAUUUAGAGGAGUUCGAAGAGGACGGGGAAGGCCGGAUCCAAGUUCGGACCAUUGUUGUUGGGGAGGGAGAAGGAGCAAGAAUCGAGUGCCUGUCCUGUCAUCGCAUCAUGAAACCCGGUUCACUGAAAGCUCAUUUGAAGACCCAUGCCCAUGAACGACCCCAUGCUUGUGAUUUGUGCGAUGCCCGCUUUACUCGACGAGGUGAUUUGGAACGCCACAUCAAAGUAGUUCACAACAAGGACCGACCUUUCAAAUGCAGCAAGUGCCACCGCACCUUUGGUGACAAAAAGAACUUACGCUGGCAUUUAAGCAACCAUGAUCGUAAACUUUUUCAUCACUGUCAAGUGUGUGGAUUUAAGUUUGGCAAACGAGAGUACUGGGAGAAUCACGUUCGCUAUAUUCAUCCCAUUCCAGGAACCGAAUUAGAACCGGUUCCGGCCGAAAUGCCGGAGAUUGAAAUUAAAGAUGGAGCUUCCACCAGCUCUGUGGAGAUUACGCAUAGAAAAGUAGAUCCUGUUGUCGUCAACAAAAUGCUGAAUGGAAAUAAAGGAACUCCAGCUCUUGUCUACACCAAACGAGGAGCAGCCAGUAACCGCUUGUCAACUGAUCCAUUUGCUGGACUAAAAACGCCUAAGGUCACUUUCCCUCCUACAUACUGGGAUAAUUGGGAUGAAUUCAUGGAACGGACGCAAAUUUGGCGAUUCCGACCAGCCAUCCAACGUUUCGGAUCGAGUGGUCGUCCCCUUCGACGAAAAAAGGUCCCUGAAACCGUAGUGGAGCUAAGGCCUUCGGAGAGGCCAGACAGUCAAUUUGACAUCGGUCCAUUUACGGAAGAGGAGACGCUUUUGGAUGACCAAACGGGUGCCUUUAUUACUUCUAAGGGAGAAGUGGUGGGAUACCCUGAAGAAAUGUUCAAACUUGAUGAAAAUGCGGAAGUUGAGGAAGAAGAAGAGGAGGAAGAAGAUGAAGAGCCAGUGAGAAUCGACGUGGGGGAGAUCCAAUUAGAGCAGCCCAUGUCUGGAACAGAAGUUUUAUCUACACAUCACUUGGUUUACGGAGAAGAUGGCCAGAUGCGACUGAUGGUUGGUCCGGGUCGAGUAGAUGGAGAACAUGAUCUGGAAGGUGGUGUAUAUGAUGACGAUGAGGACGGUAUGUUGCGAGGAGAUCUUGGACACGCCUUUGUUGAAUCGGGCCAAAUUGUUAUCCUUCAGCCUGACGGUAGUGCAGUGCUUGCGCCUGCUGGUGGGCAAUUAGUCGAGACAGAGAAUGGACAAUUGAUUCUCGUCCAAACCCACGAGGACGGUACUCAGACGGCCGUAGCUUACGCAACAGCGCAGACAGUAGAUGACACCGAAGGGGUUGUCGAAGAAGACGAAUCUGGGGAGAUAAAAACUGAACCUUCAUCGAACCAGGACGCCGUACAAACCCUAAUAGAUGCCGUACAGGAGUUGAUUGAUAACAGGCAGAAGCCGAGUUGAAACGAUUCCCUUUUCUUACAUCAUCUCGAAAUCAAUAUUUUUGGCAAAAACACAUCCAUUCGUCAUUUCCCUCCCCUACAUCUCCCAAUUUCUUUUACCUUCUGUCGUGUAUUUAGUGUGAUUCUUUUCUUGUCUUUACAUUACUACCUUUCAAACUUUUUUUUUUUUUGUUUCAACAUGUAAGAAUCCUUGGAUGUAGUCCUCAGAAUUGCUGCCUAUUCUUUAUCCCUGUUACGGGACGUAAGAUAUCGAUUGGUUGAUUGUUGUUCGCACUGAAGACUAAGAAUUUCAUAAUUUGUGGGAGGGAUAAGUUACGAGUGUAUUCUUGACAAGUUAUAUUACAUCGUCGCUAGAUUUUCUGGAAUCAACAAGUUUUAAACAAGA